AGCUGACAGAUAAGAGACCAUCGUCUAAACACAUUUCUCUUCUUCUGUAAAAAUAUGGAUUUUCUCAAUGGAAGCACAUCGAGUGUGCCUAACUUGGUACUCAUUGCUUGUAUAGCAAUCAUUCCCAUUGUUCUUUUUGUUGGUGCUGUUCUCUUUAUUAUUUUCUUCUCAAGUCCAGCCGAUAGGUUCCAAGGAAUAUUCCCCAAAAUUAUAUGUGUAUUUGGAAUGACGUUUGCAGGGUGUAUACUAUUGAUCAUUCCAUUCGAUGCUUGGAAUACUAGAUAUAAAGGAGGAAUAGGAAGUGCUUUGGAAAUUAUUUGGCAAGUUUUGUUUGGCGUUGUCGGAUUGUUGGUUUGCCUUGUUAUUCCAUGGGCACUCAUCUAUUAUGAAUCCUAUGAUGAAGAUAAAGCUGGUACACCAAAAGGUUUCCUUCGUCAAUGCCUCUGUGGUUUGAUUGGUUCUCUCAUCACUUUUGGAUUGUGUGCAUUGAUUAUUGGUGUCACUUAUAUUUGGUUGGGUAUUGCCCGAAUUGAUGUGAAAGAGUAUACAGGUUACUAUGUUGCUGAUGAUAGAAUUUCUGCAUAUUCUCUAUUGCCUGAUAAACCCAGUCAGUAUGGUACUACUUUUGAUGUGAGAAUGUCAUUCCUGGUUUACCUUAUUGCCUUGUUAAGUUUGGCUGGUUGGUUUUGCUUACUAAUUUGUGGUGGUUGUGGCCUGACAGCUGUUCCUCUAGAAUUGAUAUUGUGGUUCGUUUAUCGUCCAAAGAAGAUUUCCAAGUCUGAAUUUAUUGAACAACAAAAGAAAUAUGCUGCACGUGCCCACAAAUUGAUUGAAAUUGGUAAGAGAUUGGAUGAUUUGAGAAAACAACCUGGUAAUCGUGCCAAACCAAAAUCUAUUCGUAGUUACCGUGCCUUUAAGGAUGCUGUCUAUCAAUUGGAUGAUGAUUUCAAGAAGGUCAAGACUGCCUUUGAAAGAGGAGGUGGUUGGAUUGUUUUGUACAUUUUCUCAUUGGGUUUAGGUAUCGUUUUGGCAAUUAUUACAGUUUUGUGGAUUGUUCACUUGAUUGUUUACACACUUCCAACUGUUCCAUUGUGGGGAGGUCUUAAUCAAUUCUACAUUUGGUUCGAUACUGCUUUCCCACUUUUCGGUAUGCUUUUGUACAGUAUUUUCGCAUUCUAUUUAUUGUUCAGUAUUUUGGCCGGAAACAUUUUGAUUGCUGGUAGAAUUCCAAUUUGUUCAGUUUAUCCAAUUAGAUGGAAGGAUACUUUUACUAGUAGUUUCCUUUUCAACACUGGAUUAUUAUUGCUAGGUUCUUUAACAGUUGUACAAUUCUGUGCCUCAACUUUUGAAGCUUACGUCCAAAAUUCAGUUAUUGACUCAAUGAUGAAUACCUAUGUCAAACACAUUCUUGGUCUUGGAUAUGUAUUCCAAUAUUUGGAUAAGAUCUUCUUUGGUUUUAUUUUCCUUGGUUUCUUCUUGGCUAUUUGUAACAUUGCUAUCAAACAAAGAAAGUCAGAAAAGGAAAUUGAAGCCAUCCUUAACAGCUAAGCUUUGUAAUAAAAUAAAAGAUUUUCUAAGGUCGC